AUGGCUGCGGAAGCCAAGUACAGCAUUGUCCGCGAAGUGGGCCGGGGGAGCUACGGGGUGGUUUACGAAGCCGUCCUCAACCGAACUGGCACCAAAGUGGCUGUGAAACGGAUGCACUGUAACGUGCCCGAAAACGUCGAGCUGGCUCUGCAGGAGUUCUGGGCCCUGCAGAGCAUCCAGAGGCAACACGAGAACGUGAUCCAGCUGGAGGAGUGCAUCCUGCAGAACGGCCGAGCCUUCCAACCCAUCAGCCACCGCUACGGGAAGUCCGACAGCCACCUGCUGCUCAUCGAGACCUGCCUGAAGGGGCGGAGGUGCAUGGACCCCCGCUCGGCCUGCUUCCUCUGGUUCGUGAUGGAGUUCUGUGACGGGGGCAACAUGAACGAGUACCUGCUCGCCCGCAGCCCCGACGCUCAGCUGAAUCACAGCUUCAUGCGGCAGCUCAGCAGUGCCGUGGCUUUCCUGCACAGGAACCAGAUUGUGCACCGAGACCUCAAAUCCGACAAUAUUUUGAUCUCUCACAGGCGGGGCAGCCCCGUAGUAAAGGUAGCGGAUUUUGGCCUCAGCAAGGUGUGUCAGGGGAAAGGGAACGUGAACCAGCACCGCUUCUCCUCCGCCUGCGGCUCCAACUUCUACAUGGCCCCCGAAGUGUGGGAAGGUCACUACACCGCGAAGGCCGACAUCUUUGCCCUGGGGAUCAUCUUCUGGGCUAUGGUCGAGAGGAUCACCUUCCGAGACGGGGAUACUGAGAAGGAACUGCUCGGAACGUACAUCUGCCAAGGCAAGGAGCUUAUUCCCCUCGGAGAAGCGUUGCUGGAGAACCCCAACAUGAAACUACAGAUUCCCCUGAAGAACAAGAAGUCCAUGCCGGAUGAUCUCUGCAAGCUCCUGCGUGACAUGCUGGCUUUUAACCCCAAGGAAAGACUGGACGCCUUCCAACUUGAAGCCCGAAUCAGGCAAAUCUCCUACGGCAAGAAGCGCCAGCGCUCUGCCUCGUAGGGAUGCAGGACGUUCAGGUGAGUGUCUCUGCCAGGCUACUCCCUACUUUGUCCGAGCUUCCAGGGGAUUUUCUGUGGUUAACCUCCAGGCUAAAGCCCUCUGAACCC